GCUUAAUAAAAUCUAUAAUUUUGUAUUGAAAAUGGGCAAUAAAAUCCGGCUAAUUGCCUUACUCGCUCUUCUGUACUUAGACGUCAUGACAAUGGCGCGACCACAAGACUCGAUCAGCAGCAGCGACUGCGGCCCCAACGCCACAUUCCUGACUUGCGGCCUUCCUUGUCAGCCAAAAUGUGGUGACAAUCCUUUGUUGGCUGUAGUUUGUGCGGCUCAAUGUGUUGUUGGCUGUCAAUGUGACUUUGGCUACGUGAAGAACGACGCCGGAAGGUGUGUGUUGCGCAGCGAGUGCUAAUAGUUUUAAGCUUGCUGAUUUUUUUUUUUCUAAAAAUUUAUUAUUUGUAACAAAAAAGUAUAUUUGUGUCGGGAUUAUAAUGGGAACAUACGGGUAUAAGGUAACAAUCUUUUCUUGGAAUUAUAUUUUUCUAUUCUAAUUUUAGUUUAGUAAAUUUACAAAUACGUACAUAGGUCAUCUUUAAUCUACUAACACCAAUUAAAUGUUUAUAUGCAAAUAAAUGCGGAUUACAACUCACUGUAUUGCUAUGUGUUUGACGCUUUCUCACCCCAAA